UUGUCCUCUUGUUCAUUUAUUGCUACCAUUGAAGAGGCUCAAACUGCUACCUCAGUAUUUACUCUAGUUUAGAGGGGGCGGUGUUGACCCUUCGUGCACCCCGCCUACUAGUUCUUUCCUCGUUGUCUACGUCACUCGACCGAACUCCAUGCAAAUCGCUCCUCACUGGAACGCCAUUGGCCGCUCGCUCAUUUUAAUCGCUGUCAAAACGCAUCAUAUGGCCGCCGCUUUAACUAACUCUUCAACUCCACUAGGAAAAGUAACUCAAAUGCACGUUCAAUUAAUGUGGAUGUGAAGCGGCAGUCGGAGACGACACUAAACAGGCUACAGGAGCGAAAAGAGAGCCCGAAAUAGUCAGCAAACGGCUGGGAAUAAGCUGAAUUCCACACUUCACGGGAGCUCCACUAGCUCGUGAAGCACCUGUUUCAAGCGGACUACGGAGCGCCGAAAGUUCAUGCUUUUUCUCUGCUAGUUGAGAACUUUUAAGCCACUUGAAUGUAUAGCAUGAUGAUGGAGACGGACCUUCAUUCCCCGGGACCCCAAACCAACACGAACCCGGGGCAAACGGGUCCAAAUUCGGGCAGCAAAGCCAAUCAAGACCGCGUAAAGAGACCCAUGAACGCUUUUAUGGUCUGGUCUCGGGGCCAGCGCCGAAAAAUGGCUCAGGAGAACCCCAAAAUGCACAACUCUGAAAUUAGCAAAAGACUCGGUGCUGAGUGGAAGGUGAUGUCAGAGGCUGAAAAGCGGCCCUUUAUUGAUGAAGCGAAGCGGUUGCGAGCCAUGCACAUGAAAGAGCAUCCGGAUUACAAAUACAGACCGAGGCGCAAAACCAAGACCCUGCUUAAAAAGGACAAGUACUCGUUGGCGGGCGGCUUGCUCGGCGGUGCGGGUGGUGGGGUCGGGAUGAGUCCUGCGGGGGUCGGCCAGAGGUUGGAGAGUCCUGGGGGUCACGGAGGCUCGGCCAGCGCUGGCUACGCGCACAUGAACGGCUGGGCGAACGGCACUUACUCCGGCCAGGUGGCCGCAGCGGCGGCGGCGGCUGCGAUGAUGCAGGAGGCGCAGCUCGCUUACAGCCAGCACCCCGGCAGUGGCUCUCACCAUCACCAUGCUCAUCACCAUCACCCGCACAACCCUCAGCCCAUGCACCGCUACGACAUGACUGCUCUCCAGUACAGCCCCAUCUCGAACUCCCAGAGCUACAUGAGCGCUUCCCCGUCCGGCUACGGUGGGAUAUCAUACACGCAGCAUCAGAACUCCAGCGUCGCGACUUCUGCCGCCAUCGGCACGCUGAGCUCGCUCGUCAAGUCUGAACCCAAUAUAAGCCCCCCGGUUACUACGCACUCCCGAGGCCCCUGCCCCGGAGACUUGAGAGAGAUGAUUAGCAUGUAUUUACCGACCGGGGAGUCCGGGGAUCCGUCUGUGCAGAGCAGACUGCAUGCCUUACCGCAGCACUAUCAGAGCACGACUGCCGGAGUAAACGGAACUGUCCCACUGACGCAUAUUUGAAACAGCUGAUGGAAAGCGAUGGGUAACGCGCAUUCAGAAACACUCCACCAAAAAUAUUUACCUCUUUUUUUUAGAUUGUCAUUGAACUACUUUUGUACAGAAUGUUUUAUGAUGUUCUUGUAAAUUAAAGGUAAAUAUUGUUUCGAUUGCAGUUCGGAGAGAAACUGAGGUCUUAUAUCAGAUGUAUCACUUUCAGUGAAGCAUUGUUUAAAUAUGACGUCUUUAAAAAUGAUCCUGACAGCGUUUCUGGCCACGCCAAGAAAUAUGCGACACACUGUUAUUCUUUAAAUAUUUAAAUUUCUGUGCAGAUUGACUUUUGAGUUGAUAAUGGCAAAAGUCUAGCGUGAAGAACUCAAUUAAAUGUUUUUGAGAGCCCAUAAAGAGUUUCCUGCUUAUUACAUUUACCAAAACGUUUGUAUACGUGAAUUAAUGUACCAGAUUUAUGUUGUAAUAUUUCUUGUAAAUUGUGAAUAAGUUUUAAUAUUUCAAAAGACUGGCACGUCACUGCUGCUGUACAUAAUUUAUGACAUGCAUUACUGCCAGUUCAAAUCUUAACCUUGCGUUGAUUCAUGGUCUAAAUAAAA